GCUCGAGCCGCUGGUGGCCAGGCCCGCCGCCAUGUCGGCCCCGCGAUCCCCAGCUGGCCGGCGGGGCGCAACGGCCUGCCGUAGGUGGAGGGGCCGCGGCGGCGGCCUUGCUCCGCGGCCCCUGCUGCGGGGCGGCCCGGCGGCCCGUCUCUGCUGGGCUGUCCCGGGAGCGCUGGAGCGCUGGACGGCCAGGGGGCCCGAGAGGGAGCCCGUCAUCGAGUGCGAGGUGCCUGUGGAGCACGGCGCCUCCGGCGAGGACCUCGAGUUCGACGUCGUGGAGGUGCCCGUGGGCCUCGCCUUCGAGUGCGGGCGCGUGCGCGCCGCUCUGCGGGAGCGGCUGGGCGCCGCCGCGGACGAGGAGCUGGUCGAGCAGCUCGCCGAGAGGUUCGCCAAGGGCAGCGGGCUGGACGGGGGCGAGAGCGAGGAUGCCGAGCCCCUGCUGAAGCUGCCCUGGGUGGACCUCGCGGCCCUGGCGCAGCUGACCUACUGGUACGACCGGCGCCCCGCCAUGAGCCCGCAGGCCGCGGGCGCCGGCGACGCCCCCAAGGACGAGCGCGCGACGGAGGCGAGGUUCGGCAGGUGGACCAAGAAGCUGUCCAGCAACAAGGUCGUCUACGGAGCAGUCGCCCUCAGGCACAGGACCCGGGCCCACCUGGGUGCGGAGGUGUUCCGCCGCCCGGCCGGCAUCGACGUGACGCGGCUGCGCACGCUGCAGCGCGCUGCCUCGCUCUGCGGCCACGACCAGCUGCUCGCUGUCGUCGAGGAGACGAUGCACCGCCUGAACCCGCAGAACGUUGCGCGCAUCCCCUGGGCGGAGGUGCAGAGGCACAACUCGAAGGACGACCUGUGGCUGCUGAUCGACGGGAGGGUGUACGACGUCACGCCGUUCCCAGACCCCCCCAGCGUCGUGAUGUUUUUUUUCUAG